AUGGCUGUUGUCGAGGGAGGGAAAUCGCUGAUUAUCUCCCUCUUUGUGGGUCUCCUCGAUGGCGAAGGACCGCUCUCUCUCUGUGUGGAUCUAUUGGAAUCGAAAGCUCUCAUCGACGGCGAUAUAUGGAUCUCUGUCGGUGGCUCUCCUCAACGGCGACGGAGCUCUCUGUCGAUGGCUCUCCGUGAUUCGCUCAGGGAUCAACUCGCGUUUGAUAUGUUCUGUGGAAAGAGAGGUCAGGAAGGUUCAUCAAUACAGGAGGGAAGUGUUUCACUCUCUUCAUCGCAAGCUCCUUUCGUAGCCAGUCAAGAAGAUCCUAUCAUUGGUGACGACGAGCUUCCAGCAGAGCGUAAGGAACGAAGGACGUGGAUGCCAACAGAUGAUAUAGUGUUGAUUAGCUCGUGGUUGAACACGAGCAAAGAUCCCGUUGUUGGGAAUGAGCAAAAGUCAGUGGAUUUUUGGAAGAGAAUUGCAGCAUACUUCUCGGCGUCUCCUAAGCUUGCUGGUUGUGAAAAAAGAGAAGCAUCUCAGUGCAAGCAACAUUGGCGCAAGCUGAAUGAUUUGGUUUGCAAGUUUUGUGGGGCGUAUGAAGCAGCAACCAGAGAGAAAACCAGUGGUAUGAACGAGAAUGAUAUGCUCAAAUUAGCCCACAAAAUCUUCUUCAACAACCAUCAAAAGAAGUUCAUCCUUGAGCAUGCGUGGAAGGAGCUUCGCGCUGACCAGAAGUGGUGUGAACUCUCUAUAGAAAAAAAUGGAAGCAGCUCCAAAAGGAAGAAGUUCGAGGAUGGUUCACAUUCAGCAAGCUCUCAAGUUAAUGAAAACAAUGCUGCUGUAGAUGAUAACGGAACAUGUCGUCCUCCGAGUGUUAAGGCAGCAAAAGCCCGUGGGAAGAAGCCGUUGGUUGAGAGGAAAGAGCUCUCUGACUUCCAGACUAUGUGGAGCAUCAAGAAGGAGGAUUUGACAAUGAAGGAAAAGCUCUCUAAGAUGAACCUACUUGAGAGUCUUGUUGCAAAACAAGUACCACUAGCUGAUUACGAAGAAGCUCUCAAGAAAAAACUCAUAAAUGAGUUGAUGUAA